AUGGCUCGCGUGGGAGUCAUAAGCCCCCUUCGGGCCUCGAUGCGCUCGACUGCCGCCAAAACGGGGGCUGUCCGCUGCUUCUCAAGCUAUCUAGUUACCCCCAAGGAGCUGCACGAAGCCCUCAAGAAAGCCCCUCCUUCUCCCAUCUCAUCCGAACCCCGUGUCAUUCCUCUAUGCGCCUCCUGGUUCCUUCCAAACGACCCACAAAAGCGCACCGGCCUCGACGUUUUCAUCGAAAAGAGAAUCCCUAAGGCACGCUUCUUCGACCUUGACAAGGUCAUCGAUAAGCGCAGCCCUUACCCCCACAUGCUACCCAGCUCCAAAGACUUUGCCGCUGCCAUGAGUGAGCUCGGCAUCCGCCGCGAAGACACUGUUGUCAUCUACGACAGCCAAGAGCUGGGCAUCUUCAGCGCCCCCCGUGUUGGCUGGACCAUGAAGGUCUUUGGCCACCCCAAGGUUCACAUUCUCAACAACUUCAAGCUAUGGAUCGAGGAGGGUCUCCCUACCGAAUCCGGGAACGUCUGGACGAUUGAGUGCGGGACAUAUCCCAUUCCCGAGAUGAAUGAGGACAAGGUCGCAAGCUUCGAGGAGGUCCGUCAAGUUGCCAUUGACUCCAGUAAAGAGGGCUCCAAGAGCGUGCAGGUCCUGGAUGCGAGAUCGCCCGGUCGCUGGAGUGGCACGGAGCCGGAGCCGAGACAGGGUCUGUCCUCGGGCCACAUGCCCGGCUCCAUCAACAUUCCCUUCAGUGCUGUCUUGGACCCCAGCACCAAGGCCUUCUUGCCAGCCGACAAGUUGAAGGAGGUCUUCGCCAGGGCGGGCGUUGAUCCAUCAAAGCCCAUCAUCUCCAGCUGCGGAACCGGCGUCACGGCCUGCGUCCUUGAAACAGCGCUCAACGAGGCGCAGUUUGGAUCGCCUGAGAAGAGAAAGGUUUAUGAUGGAAGCUGGACUGAGUGGGCGCAACGGGUGAAGCCUUCCGAGUCGCUAAUCGAAAAGGCCGAAUAA